ACUUUUGAAGAUUCAGAAUUUGAAAUGGUUAUGGAUUCCCGUCAGCUGGGUUGAAUGCUGGGAGAUAAUGGGCGCACCGACGCUCAUUUGCUCUUGUGGUGCGCUGAUGUAAAUUUAAAUUUUCACUAUUGCAGAGUGGAGAAAUAGGUGGCUUUGAUUGAGUGGCUUCAGGACAUUUCUUCAUCUUUUUUAGGUGCUGAUGGGCGGGCAUUUUUGUAAUUUAGUGGAAGUUUGUGUGAGUGGUAGAGAGUAGAACAGGUAAGUCUUCAUUUUGCAAUUUGUUCUUUUUCUCAUUUGCUGUUGUCGUGCUUUGCUUCUCUCAUCAUAUAUGAGUGGUGUAUUUGAGCUUCCAAGUAAAUACGUCUUGCAUUUGCAAUCUGCAAAAAGAAGAAAAAAGAAAAACCAUUUUCUUUUGUUUUCUUCUUCUUUUGUUCUGCUGCUGUAAUCUCUGUUAGAAAAGUGGAAGAUUGCAGAAUUCAUUUCUGGGUUUUGAUUGUUGAAGUGGGUUUUUGAGAUUUUUGCUUUUUCUAAGAGAUUAGUCUUUUCCCUUUUCAGAUAUUGCUGUUUUUUGGUUGGAUUUUUAGAAGGAGAGUUGGUUGAACUUGAAAUAGAAAACCCAGAUAUAUAGCUGGUUUUUAAGUGUUGGGGUACUGAAAUUUCUCACUAGAGGGAUUCUUAGAGAAGUCGUUAUCUGGUUUGAUUUGAUUUUGAGUUGUUUUGGGUUGUUUUCGUGUCUCAGGAAUUUUCUUUUUUUAAGGCAUUAUAUUCAGGGCUCUACGGUUAUUUUUAGCCUUUCAAAGCAGAACCCGGAUUUUACCAAAUUCAACUAUUUUUCAGUAGUAAAGCCUGUAAUAAACAUCUUCUUCUUGAGUGAAAGCUGAAUUUCAUUCAUUCUCUGUAAUUUCCAUUAGCUGGUUUUCCCUCUAGGAACUGGCUGUAUUGAUUUUAUCUAGUAUGAAGUAGAAAAAACAGAAAAGAUAAGAGAGAAAAUCCGAGGAGCGUUCGAGCAUCAGGAUUUCAAGAUGGCCAUUGCAUUUUUAUGGGUUGUUUCGCCUGCCGAGAUCUCUGGCAGCCUUGGGUUUUCUGAGUCUGUUCGAGAGGGAGGGAGGUUUUUAAAUAGUUUGAGGUCUGUGAGCAGAGGUGUGAGUUCGAGGUAUGGUUGGAAGCCGAAGCAAAGGAAACCCAGUCGGAGUUCUUGCUCUUUGAAUGCUGAUUUGAAGUAUGGUUGUUUGGGAUUCGAACCGGAAAACAGCAGUAAUUUCCCUAUUCUUUCAAGUUUGGUUGCGAACCCAGCAGGGGAAAUGGCGAUCACAUCUGAACAGAAGGUUUAUGAUGUGGUCCUUAAGCAGGCUGCUUUGGUGGAGAAGUUGAGAUCGAACGGAGCGCUUGAUGUGAAACCGGACAUGGUUGUUCCGGGGACCCUCAAUAUGUUGAAUGAAGCUUAUGAUCGUUGUGGAGAAGUUUGCGCGGAGUAUGCAAAGACGUUUUACUUGGGAACACUGCUAAUGACUCCGGAAAGGCGACGGGCGAUAUGGGCAAUCUAUGUGUGGUGCAGGAGAACAGACGAGCUUGUAGAUGGGCCCAAUGCUUCUCAUAUAACACCAACAGCUCUAGAAAGGUGGGAAUCGAGGUUGGCAGAUCUCUUUGGAGGUCGUCCAUAUGAUAUGUUUGAUGCAGCUCUAUCGGAUACAGUUUCAAAAUUCCCUGUCGACAUACAGCCAUUCAAAGACAUGAUUGAAGGAAUGAGGAUGGACCUUGUCAAAUCAAGAUACAAAAACUUUGACGAGCUCUACCUCUACUGUUAUUAUGUUGCCGGGACUGUUGGCUUGAUGAGUGUUCCUGUGAUGGGUAUAGACCCGGAUUCGCGGGCAACAACAGAAAGUGUGUACAAUGCUGCGUUGGCAUUAGGAAUUGCAAAUCAGCUUACCAACAUACUCAGGGAUGUUGGAGAAGACGCGAGAAGAGGACGGAUUUACUUGCCACAGGACGAGCUCGCUCAAGCAGGGCUUUCCGAUGAAGACAUAUUUGCAGGGAGGGUGACAGACAAAUGGAGGACCUUCAUGAAGAACCAAAUAAAAAGGGCGAGGAUGUUCUUUCAGGAAGCGGAGAAAGGAGUAACGGAACUCAAUCAAGCUAGUAGAUGGCCGGUAUGGGCCUCUUUGCUAUUGUACAGUCGGAUACUAGACGAAAUUGAAGCAAAUGACUACAACAAUUUCACUAAGAGGGCGUACGUUAGCAAAGCAAAGAAGAUAAUGGCAUUGCCGGCUGCCUAUGCGAGAUCCCUUGUGAGCCCUUCAAGAACACUUUCGACCCUCGUAAAAGCAUGAUGGUGUAGACAAGAACCAUCUUAUAUGAAAAUUCCAAGAACUCCUACUGAAAAGAAAGAGAAAGAACAAGAAAGGAUUAUAUCUGUAUAUUAGAAUUAGCGUCCCAAAAUGAACAUCUAUAGUCAUUCAUGGUAGUAUUGUUCCUUUGUAUAGUCUUGUCUUUUACUUUUAUUGAGACAAGUAUGGGAAAAUGAUGUUUUUGUCACAA